AUUUACUUAAAAUAUAUUCUGGACUACCCCCUCGGUGACAAGCUGAAACCCAAUUUGGAUUUCAUGCUCGCACAGCUGGAGUAUGAGUAUGAAACUGGAAGGGAAUCUGCACUGGAGAUGAUUGCGUACCUCCUUGACAUGUUCCCGCAGGAUCUCCUCCACAAAUACUGCGGGCUGUUUUUUCUCUCUCUUUGUAUGAUGAUGAUAAACGAUGACUCUGCCAAAUGCAAAAAGAUGGCGGCUUUGACGUGUAAAUCUCUCCUCAGUAAGAUAAACAAUGAAAAACAAGAUCUGAUGUUUUCGCUGGUCACAGAUUGGUUUCACAGCAAGAAGAGCUCACACAGGAGGUUGGCUGCCCAGGCAUGCGGUUUGUUUGUUGAAGUGGAGGGAGUAAUGUUUGAACGGCGGCUUGAAGCUGUCCUCACCUUGAUUGAAAAAGAAAUCAACCCAAUAAGAUUUGAAGACAUAACUGAAGAGGAGGAGGAGAAGGCUGCAGACAGGCUGCUAUUCAGCUUUCUUGUGCUGGUAACAAAGCUAAUCACGGAGUGCAACUUGAUUCAAUUAACCAAGAAUAGUGAUGUCGUGAGCAACAUCUGGGGUCAUGUCCAGUCUCACCUGUGGUAUCCUCACAGCUGGGUCUGGCUGACAGCUACUGAGAUCUUUGGCCUAUUGUUUGCAUCUUACAAGCCAGAAGAUCUUGUCAACAAGUGGAGGGAAAGAAAGGCAGGGAAGAGGAAAAAGACAUCAGCAGAGCUGUCUGCAUCCACAGUCUUCUUGACUGCUGAACUGGACAAAAAGAUGAAGGAACUCGUGUUUGCAUUCUGCCAUCAGCUGCAGUCCAAGUUCCUGGACCUGUCUCUAGGAGAGCAGGUUAUAAAGAAUUUGCUUUUUGUGGCCAAAGUUAUUUACUUGCUAGCCCCUGCCUCAGAAGAAGGUAAAGAGGCUGAAGGAGAAGUCGGAUGUGAAGUGGAAGAGCAGGAGGGCUCAGAAGAUGAGGAAGAGAAAGACAUUUCUGCUCAAGGAGAGGGAGAAAAAGAGGACACAGAAGAGAAAGGCCAGCCAGCCACAUUGCUGUGGUUAAUAAAGAAGCUCUCUCUCAUGGCAAAGCGAGAAGCAGCAUAUUCCCCUAAGGUCCCUUUAAAGAGAAGCUGCAUCUUUAAGUUCCUGGGAGCAAUCUCGGUGGAUCUGGGGAGAGACAGGAUCAGCCCCUACCUUCCAACAAUUCUCACCCCCCUGUACAGGGAGCUGAACAGCACCUAUGCAGAGCAAGAUCCAACACUGAAGAACCUUUCCCAAGAAAUCAUAGAGCUGCUCAAGAAGUUAGUUGGACUGGAGGCUUUUUCGCUUGCCUUUUCUUCUGUGCAGAAACAGGCCAACCAGAAAAGAGUGAUGAGGAAAAAGCAGAGGGCUUUGCAGACUGUAGCAAACCCCGACAUUGCUGCAAGGAGGAAGCUGAAGAGACAUAAGAAUAAAGCUGAAACCAGGAAAAGAAAAAUAGAAUUCCUGCGCCCUGGCUACAAGGCCAAGAGACCUCGAAGUCAUUCACUGAAAGAUUUAGCAAUGGUGGAAUGAAAAGGCUUUUCCUUCUUGGAGGACUAAUUUAUAAAAAGUAAUUUCAAGCUAAAGUAAUUACUGUUUAAAAAAAAAGUAUAUAUAUAUUUUAAUUGUAUUUAUUAGUAUUUUUUCAGGUCCUCUUUUUCAUCUAGGAUCCUAAAUAAAAGCUUUUUGGGUUUUUUUCCAAACGUGUAUAUUUACCACAGUAUGUACAGUUGAAUGGACAACCACCAUGAUCUUUUAUAUUAAAUUUUACUUCAUUUUUAAAAAA